AUCCUUCCUUGAUGAAUUUCUCCCGACAGCUUUAAAAGCUGUAAAAUCGCAGCCAAAAACAGAGUAACCAGUUACUACAUGCUGGAACUGUUCCCUGCAGAGUGAACACGAAAGACGUCAUGUCUUGGUUUGGACUUGUAAUCAUGGGUACUAACAUCCCCCAACUCCUAUGUCCAAACACAUUGUUUCAAGGGUGUGUGUUAGGGAAAGCAUAUUACAUGGUUAACACUGGCCUCUCACGCUGUGGUGGUGUCUGCUAAAUCUAGCUUGUCAGCAAGGUGAAAUCAAAGAUAAUUAUAAGGUAUAAGGAUGGGACCUAUAUUAUAAAAACAUUUCCCCUACGUCCCCCCAGAAAGACACAUCCAAGUAAUAGAACCUACUCAACACCAUGAGACUAUCUGAUACUCUUGUGCCUUUGAUGGUUUUCCUGCAAAAUGUUUUGCAUCUUACUACAGGUCAAGAAAGGACGCUGCGCUUCGUGACACUGGUGUAUCGCCAUGGUGAUCGAUCCCCCCUUGGAACCUACCCAACAGAUCCCCACAAAGCAGCACCCUGGCCAGAGGGAUUCCAGCAGCUCACCAAGGUAGGUAUUUUGCAACAAAAGGCUCUUGGAAAGUUCCUGAGGGAGAAAUACGAUGGAUUUUUGAGUGCUGCUUACAAACCACAAGAGAUAUACAUUCGCAGCACAGAUUAUGACCGCACCCUCAUGAGUGCCCAAGCCAACCUGAUGGGACUCUAUUCAAACUCGGAUCCAGAGACUGGCUGGAGUCCUGUUCCUGUCCAUACAGUGCCUAUUAAAUAUGAUAAGCUUCUGAAAUCACCAACUCGGACUUGCCAACGCUACCAACAUCUGAUGGAAGAGACAAUUAAUUUGCCAAGUUAUCAGGCUAAAAUGGAAGGCUGGAAGGGCUUCAUAAGAGAGAUGGCCAAUUACACAGGACUUAAACUGGAGCAACUCACUUUGCGGGGCCUUUGGAGAGUACACGACUCCCUUUUCUGUCAGAAAAUCCACAACCUGACCUUGCCUAGCUGGGCCACACCACGGGUUCUGAGGACGCUUGCUGAAAUCGAAGCAUUUAAUGUUGAAGCCCAUGUAGGAAUGCACGCCAGCCAGGAGAAAGUUCGAUUCACAGGAGGAUUGUUACUGGAUGCCAUCCUGAGCAACUUCUCCAAAAUUGCGUGCCGAGACCUGCCUCUCAAAAUGAUUAUGUAUUCUGCUCAUGACAGCACCUUGAUUGCUUUGCAUGGAGCCCUGGGCAUUUAUAAUGGUCACCCACCACCCUACGCUGCCUGCCAUGGAUUUGAGUUCUACCAGGAAGCCAAUAACUCAUUCAGUAUUGGCAUGUUCUAUCGCAAUAUGAGCAACCAGCCACCUCAUGAAGUAGCCCUGCCUGGUUGCUCGACACCUUGUCCACUCCCACGCUUCAUUCAACUCACCCGUGCAGUCAUCCCACGUGACUGGGAAACAGAAUGCCAAAACCCUCAGAAAAGCACAGGACGCACAGUAACAGCCCUGGCUGUGGCAGUAGCUUUGCUGAGCCUCAUGCUAAUUGGAGUAGGUGUUCUGUACUGCAGAAGUUAAUGGGAAGACGUGCUUGUGACAACAAUCAAAAUUCUCCUCAUCUAAAUAAAGACAUCACUACUGUCAUUGUGCUUCUAUGGAGUCAAUUACAACAAAGGCAUUUUUAUGUAGGCCUUAUGCCUGGGAACGGUUUUAAACAGUGGAUUUUAAUGUCGAGAUAAAUGAUUUUAAUGUUUAUGUAUGUGUAUAGUCUGUUUAUGUCAUGGCAUUGAAUGUUUGCAGUUUAUAUGUUGUGCUCUGCCCUGAGUCCCCUUCAGGGUGAGAAGGGCAAAAUAUAAAUGCUUUAAAUAAAUAAAUACACUUAUAAAAGACACCUAUCUGGACAGUUUUACCAAAACUGUCAGGUGUGAAUAUCAGGGCACGGAUCACAAACACCAAAAGGCAAAAAUAUGAAAGCUGUAGUAUACUCACAAGU